AUGAGUUUCCCUGCUCCGCCCGUAUUGAAAACAACUAUCAUCCAAUUGAAUAAAAAGCCAGAAGCUGAGGGUCUGGACAAAAAUUAUGAAAUAUUGACAAACACCUACAGCAACAUUCUGUCGAGUGAAAAUAAUACCAAGAGCCCCAUUGGUGGCACCAGUGAUGACUCAGCCCCAACAUCGCCAAAUUUGGAAGCUUUAGGGCCCAGCAAGAAAAAGAGAAGGAGAUCAACUGCAAACAUUGAUUCAGAAGAGUUGGCCAAACGGAAACACGAAACAAAGCAACUUCAUUCUAUUAUUGAAAAGAGGAGGAGAAUAAAGAUUAACCGUGAAUUUGAAGCUUUGAAAUACUUGAUCCCUGCUUGUAGGAAUUUCAAUGGCUCUACACCAGACGCAAACUCUUCGUCUCCACUGAAAAGAGCCUCAAAUGCAGGAAGCAGUAGUAGUGGCAGUGGAAACGGUAACAAAAUCGAUGGCAUGUACAAAUUGACAAUAUUGAAAAGCUCAGUCGAAUACAUUUUGUAUCUACAUCACGUUAUUCAAAAGCAACAGGAAGUCAUAAGAAGUGGUUCAGACUCAAAGUCUGCCACUGAUUUCAACAUUGAUUUUGCUAAAGUGCCACUCGAUGUCAAUCAGUAUAGAAAUAUCGAUGUUGACUUUAAUUUUAAAACCUUGUUGAAUGAUGUGGAGGGUGCUGGAGGUUUGGCAACACGUAAUCAUGCAGAUUCUUCUGAAACAAAAUUGAACAGAUCUAGUUGGAUACCGAACCACAACAGAAUCAUAGAAGAAGAAGAAGAAGAAGGGGAAGAAGAGGCGGAGGUGGAGGUGGAGGUGGAAAAGCAAGAGGAUGCUCAUAAUUCAAGACAAAGCAGCGACGGUGACGAUAAUGACAUCAGUAGUCGAUCCUCAAGUGUUGCCCCAUCGCUUUCCUCAGUACCUUCACAAAUGUCCAUAUCAUCCUCUUCAAACAAACUUCUGCUUCCAACACCCGAAUUCACCCCGGACAUGGCACCAAUAUUCACCAUUCUCAACAAAUACGCAGACACAAACAUGGACAGGAAAAGUCGAAAAGGAUCUUACCCAAUUUCUCCUCAAACUUUUGCAAUACGGUCUGCCAAUCCUUCCCCAUUCACCAAUCCUUUGAAGUCAACAUUAUCCAACUCUUCAUCCCCUAGUAUGCGCAACUAUAUCAACAAAACUAAUUUUGAUAAUGCUGCCAAGGGUCAUGCUUUCGCCUUGCCUGAUCCUGCUAUAAAUCCUACAAACUCAAUGCCGAGGGAUCGCUUAAAGGGUGAAGGAGCUGUUGUUGUUGGGGGUGCUACAUCAAAACCUCAGUCUUUGUCGUCAUCAGAGGGGGAUAGAGACGAAGAAAUGGGUGUACAAGAUGAAGAGGAACUCAAUGAUCAAUGUGCUUCGAAAACGUUGUUGGCUUUGAGGAAAUCAAGUAUUGGGAACUUGUUAAAUUAA